AUGUCUAAAUGUUCUUUUGGGAAGAUUGAAGUGGAGUAUUUGGGUCAUAUAAUUUCAGGGGAAGGGGUAGCAACAGAUCCAAAGAAAGUGCAGGCCAUGAUUACUUGGCCAACCCCUAUUUCUGUUAAAGAAUUGAGGAGUUUUUUGGGGCUCACUGGCUACUAUCAAAAGUUUAUAAGGAGCUAUGGUAACAUCAGUAAACCCUUGACUGAUUUAUUGAAGAAAGAUGCUUUCCAAUGGGGUCCAGCAGCUCAAGAAGCCUUUAAUAGGCUUAAGAAGGCUAUAAUAACUAAAGCUCUUGUUCUUGCUUUGUCAAAUUUGGCAAAAAAUUUUGUUAUUAAAACUGAUGCUAGCAACUGGGGAAUGGGUGCGGUAUUGCAACAGGAGAAUAAAACUUUUGGACCUAGAUCGCAGACCCUAUCUGUGUAUGAAAAGGAGCUUUUAGCCAUUACCUUUGCUAUCUCUAAAUGGAGACAUUACUUGGAGUAA